UGACGUUAGGCGACGUAGGGUCAGUUGGUAGUUAUCCUGUGGUCCGUCUAUGGUAGUGAUUAGAAAGCCUUAUCAAUAUCGGGUCGAGAAAUGAAUUUCAGAAUCAAAUAGUCAUUAUUGAAAAGUACAGACGUUGAACACAUUUGUGCCAUCAUUUCACACAUCCACAGUCUCCGAGAAAAUGAGCGAUUUGACAGACUCUCUGACCAGAGAGGGCUGGUACCUUAGUGAUGAGGGGAUAGCAGACCUGAAAGGUGCUGUUGAGAAAAUAUCACACAAUGACAUUAUUCGUAUUGCACUUGAUAGUGAUCUUAGGCCUAUUGGGAGAAAAUUUCUUCCAUCAGAGAUCAAUAGUGGAAGGGUUGAGAUGCUGGAGGGUCCAUGUGUUCUCCAGAUACAGAAGGUGAGGAACAUAUCGGCCCCUAAAGACCAUGAGGAGUCCCAGGCAGCUCCCAGAAUGUUGCGGCUCCAGAUGACAGACGGCCAUACCACCUGUGUAGGACUGGAAAUUAAACACUUGUCCAAGAUCAGUCUUAACACCCCUCCUGGAACUAAGGUAAAGCUCCUUGGUACAGUCCAGGUAAAAAAUGGUUUUCUGCUGCUGGAUGACUCUAAAAUCUCUGUUCUUGGAGGAGAAGUUGAUCACAUGGUGGAGAAAUGGGAACUACAAAGGAGCUUGGCCAAGCACAGCAGGAAUAACAUUGGUGCAGAAGGUGGACCUCCUCCCUUUGUGCCAUUUGGACAGAAGUGUGUACGGAAGGAAGAAGUAGACAGCAGAGAAUUGGACCAAAGAAAGACCCUGCAGAGUUCCAAUGUGGUCAAAACUACUGAUGAGAAUGAUGAGUUUGAAAAGCAGCGGAUAGCGGCUAUUGCUGAGGUAGCCAAGACCAAAGAGGCUCCCCGUACUUUUGGUGGUGGAGGAAAUGCAGGCAGUAAUUUAAGCAGUGCCUCUUCCUCCUAUCGGGGCCGUGAUUCAUACCAGCAGCGGAGACGAGAGGAGAGGAUUGAAAAAAGUGAAAGCAGACAAGAUGGAAACUACAGAGAGCUGGUGGAUGAGCGUGCUCUGAGAGACAUCAUGGAAAUGGGCUUUAACAGAGAGGCUGCACGGCAGGCUUUGAUGGACAAUAACAACAACCUGGAGGUGGCACUUAACAGCCUGCUGACUGGAUCCUCUGGCUCCAGACCUGGCCCUGCUGUAGCAGAAUCCAGCAGGUUCCAGCCUAGAGCCAGAGGAAAAGGAAGAGGAAAGUCCAGGAAUGAGGAUGAGGAGGAAGGAGCAGGUGGAAGGCCCUCUGCACCAAGCACUCUCUUUGACUUUCUGGAAUCCAAGAUGGGAGUUUUCUCCAUUGAUGAGCCAAAGAGCCAGCUGCCUCAGAAACAUCAUGAAAGUAAAGUGAACUUCUCCAGCUCAGGCUAUCACUCCAAAGACACAUCACAGAUCAAGUCAUCCUCGCAUAAUGACAACAGACAACAAAGAAAUGACAAACCACCCCGCUUUCACAGGGAUACCGACUUUCCCAAACCUGGCCAAGAGCCCCCCUCUAACUCUACCGCUCCCCAAAUAUCGGCCCAGCAGUGGAAGGGCCAGGAGAGAGGGUCACGUGGUGCCCCGGACAGAUGGCAUAGUGAUAGGAGAGAUGUGCGGGAUGAGCAAAAUUCUUAUACCGUAUCUACCUUUUCACGGUGUAAAGAACCACAAUAUCCGAUGGAAUCUACUGGAACCUCCCACCAACGGCCCAGAAAUGGAGAUGGCAGUGGUGGGGGCUUCGCAGGGGGUUUUCAAGUUACCAGAGAAAGUUCAGUAUCUGAAGUGUCUCAUAGGAGAGGGGCAAAAGACAGUGUACCCACAUCUAGACUAAUCAAUUCUGCAGGAAAUGAAGCAGAUGGAAGAGGAGGUUACAAGCGGGCAGACAACAGAUAUGAAGAACCCAACAGCAGCAGGAGAAAGGGGAGGAGUGACCGGUUGAACAUGGACAACCUUGACCGUCAAAGGGAUAGUGGGCCACCGAACUUUAACUCGUGGGGAGGAAGCACAGUGACAACCCAGGAUGGGACUUUGUCUCGGGACUCUGGAUUCUUGACAGGUGAUUCUUCUCACUUACAAAAUGGAGACAUGGAACACAAAAGAACCGGGCCGAUCAAGCAGACAAACUCAACUGUUCCCUCUCAAAAGGAGGCGUUCCCCAAGAAAAACACCUCUCAUUACACAGGACCUAAGAGGAGAUCAGGACAAGGCAAAGGUCAGGGUCCUAGAGGGUCAGAGAGAAGUCAUAUCGCUGAGCAGACAUGGAAACCUGGAGAUGAAUGCCUGGCGCUGUACUGGGAGGACAGCAAGUUCUACCGUGCCAGAAUAGACGCAGUGCAUCCAUCAGGCUCCACGGCUGUGGUCGUGUUUAGUGACUAUGGCAACUGUGAAGAGGUCCUGCUGCACAACAUCAAACCUGUUGCUGCGGACAUCUGGGAGGAAGAUGAUGGUUACUAUGACAGCUCCCUAGAGUUUCGCCGUGGGGGAGACGGGCAGCCUAGACGCACACGACCCACACAGCAGUAUUACCAGCCACCCAGGGCGCGAGAUUGAUUUGUCACCACUUAUACUAGCAGUCUGUUUGUCCUCCAUCCUUCCGGGACAGAGAUAACGUCUCUUCCUCAACAAUCCAGAGUUCUUCCUGAGUUUUUAUGUGUCCAUAACGUCAAGACAUACAGCACUUUUCAAAGGGCUUGGACAAGAUGCAAAAAACUUAGAUGAACAUCCAUUAAUUUUGUUAUGGACACAACUACUGUAAAUGUGAAGAUUUGUAAAACAGCUGCAUUAAAAUGUUAAUAAACAAUAUUCUAGUAUGUA